UUUUUGGGGAACCACAGCGAGGCGCUGUGGUUCCCAAAACCACCGCGGCGCGUGGUUUCAAAAACCACGCGCCGCGCGUGGUUUUAAGAAGGAAGUGGCCAACCGGCCACUUCUUUCAAAGAAAAAAAAAAAUAAAAAAUUGCUGUGGCCGACAGGCCACAGCUUUUUCCCUUUUUUAAUGGGAAAAGGAGUGGCCGGAGGCCACUCCUUCCCAUUAAAAACCAAGGAAGUGGCCAACCGGCCACUUCUUUCCGUACCAAUUUAACGAUAUUAAGCUGGGAUUUUCUGUUAAUCUGGGAUUAACAGCACGAUCUUAAGCCUCUCGUUCGGUUAUAAAAACCGAACGAGGCUCACUUCUUUCCCAAACAAUUUGAGGUUGAGACUUGAGAGGUUCUAUUUAAGGUGCGGAGACGGAAAGAUUUGAGAGAUAGCGAGGAGGAGGUCCUGCCCAAAAAAUCCAGCGGAGACUAUUUAAGAAAUGGAGCCAUCAAGAAAAACGAACCCUGCAAAGCGUGAUAUUGGCUGGUCUUAUGGGCGAAGACUGGAAAGUGAGGGGCAACGACACCAGUUUCAAUGCAAGUUUUGCGACAAGGUUUUCAAGGGAGGAGGGGUAACCAGGUUGAAGCAACACUUAGCCGGAAAUUCCGGUGAGGUUGCUACGUGCCGAAAUUGUCCUAAUGAGAUUCGUGUGCUGAUGAGGCAGAAUCUUGCUGAGGCCAAAGAAGCGAAGGAGAUGGCUUCCAAGAAGAGGGCGGAGGUCGAUCGCCAAGCGGCAGAGCCACCUUCCUAUCACUCAAGGGAGCCAGAGGAGGUCGAGGAUCUAGAUGAGGAGGAGGCAGAUAUUCAGGCGGCCAUGCAUGCAAGCCUGGAUGAUCAGUGGCAGCAGGAGGAGGUGGCUAGGCAUAGGGCUCGAUUUGGGCCCUCUGCAUACGAGUCGGGCGGCGGUUCUCGAAGCACUAGACAAGAUCCAGAGUUCUUGAGGACAACUUCAGUAAGGGAGGGCGUCGGCAAAGAACGUGGCCGGAUUGCAUCUAUGCUGGGUUGUUUUGGUAGCUGAAAGAAGUCAUCUAGAGGAGUUGCAGAAGGAGCGACAAUUCAUGAUGUAGAUCCGCAUGCUCUCCCCAGUAGAGAUUCAAGGCAGCAGAGGGUAGACACAAUGUGGAUGAAGGAUAAGAAGAAAACUAUGUGGCGAGCUAUUGGAUCCUGGUUUCACUUCAGCCACAU